GGUGGGAGCUUAAGCCGGCAUUCUCACCCUGCUUUUCGCAGGAACGCAGCAGUCACUCAUCUUGGCACUGACACUUCUGGGGAAGGUAUAAAUGCCACCUCCCACCGGCCGAGCUUCACGGCACUCGCAGGGACUGGUGUCGCUGGUCAUUCCUGCAGAGGACCGUCCACCAUGGCCUCGGACCACCAGACCCAGGCGGGCAAGCCACAGUCCCUCAACCCCAAGAUCAUCAUCUUUGAGCAGGAAAACUUUCAGGGCCACUCCCAUGAGCUCAAUGGCCCCUGCCCCAACCUGAAGGAGACUGGCGUGGAGAAGGCAGGCUCUGUCCUAGUGCAGGCUGGACCCUGGGUGGGCUAUGAACAGGCGAACUGCAAGGGCGAGCAGUUUGUGUUUGAGAAGGGCGAGUACCCCCGUUGGGACUCGUGGACCAGCAGCCGGAGGACAGACUCCCUCAGCUCCCUGAGGCCCAUCAAAGUGGACAGCCAAGAGCACAAGAUCAUCCUCUAUGAAAACCCCAACUUCACCGGGAAGAAGAUGGAAAUCAUAGAUGACGACGUGCCCAGCUUCCAUGCCCAUGGCUACCAGGAGAAGGUGUCCUCUGUGCGGGUGCAGAGUGGCACGUGGGUUGGCUACCAGUACCCUGGCUACCGUGGGCUGCAGUACCUGCUGGAGAAGGGAGACUACAAGGACAGCAGCGACUUUGGGGCCCCUCACCCCCAGGUGCAGUCCGUGCGCCGCAUCCGCGACAUGCAGUGGCACCAACGUGGCGCCUUCCACCCCUCCAACUAGUGCCCUCCCCAUCAUGCCUCCUUCCCAGGAACCAGGGCUGCUGCCCAGGAACCCUGCAGACCUCCCAGAGAGUGAAUAAAGUGUGUCUUGCAA